CCAUAAUCUUGAUACCAGACGUGCGGUUGCUCCCCUUCCCCGAGCUUGCACUUUGCAUCUGCAUACUCUAGUACAUAUGCCUGUCCCCAUGGCGCUAAGAAAAUGCACCAAAACAUUACAUCACGCCCCUCUCUCCUCGCCUCGAGUCUUGACCAACAAACCCACCAAUCGCCAUCCCAUCCCAUCCCAUCCCACUACCGCAACAACGACAAGCCCAUCCCAACCUCCCAUCCCCAACGAUUCUCAAGACCCAAAAAACAAAAAAGUCAAGAAAGCCAGCCAUGUCGGUCCCAGAAGACCUCACGACGCUGCAAACCCCACCAUCCUGCACGGCCGACUUCUGCCUCAUCCCGCUCGGCACCCCGACAGCCUCUGUAUCGCAAGAAGUCGCCGCAGUGCAGCGCCUCCUAAAGAAGAGCGGCAUCAGUUAUCAGAUGCACGCUGGUGGGACUACUCUUGGUACGUCCACCCUUUCCUCCCUUCUCUCCCCUCCAUAUCCCAUAUCCCAUAUUCUAUAAUUCUUGUAAU